AUGUCUUUGCCUAAAGCCAGAAUUCUCGUUGUUGUCACGGUCGGAGGGUCAACCAAUUCAGCACCAAUUCUGGAAAUAUGUUCCAUCUUGGCAGCUAGAGGUCAUACAAUUGACUUUGCAACACUGAAGGGCAGAGAAAAGCUGGUUGACAACUAUCCUUUCGUGCAAAAGGUUCACGUGGUUGGUCCAGCAAUCUCUGCUGAGGAAGAUGAAAAACAUUACAUCCUCUUCUCGCGCUGGAACUGGAACACUGCCCAAGGCAAAAGGGAUAUUGUCAAAGGCAAAAUGGCAUUUGACGCCUUCUGGCCUUUUACCUACCGUGGGCUGAAGGAGGUAAUCACUACCAGCAAGCCUGAUUUUAUCUUCUCCGACUUCCACGUUGAAGCGGCUCUAGAUGUCUGCAAUGAGUUUCAGCUCCCUCACGCAGUCAUGUGGCCUCAGAUGCCGUGGUUGAUGAUGCCUCAGAAGUACAUUCCGGGUCAGCCUGGUAUGCAGCAGAGAUGCUUGACCAGCGAGCACGCAAGCAUUUAUGACAGGUUGUUUGAGAUGACCUUUUUGCUUCGCUCCGCGCCAUUCUUUCUUCAUUGGAUCUUCUGGACCAAGGCAAUGCGUCGAAAAGGAGGAGUCGCACCUCGGCCUAAACUUUCCAAGCCUGACUAUCUUGUGUUUCUGAACAAUUUCUAUGGCAUGGAGACACCACGAGACACUCCACCUCUGGUUCAUGCUGUAGGCCCUAUCUUGGCCGACUCAUAUCCUUCUCUCGAUGGAGAUAUCAAGUCCUUUGUUGAGACGCAUCAAAAGGUCGCUUUAGUUGCGUUUGGUACUCAUGUUAUCCUUGACGACGGGAAGAUCUUUAGAAUUAUCAACGGUCUCGCUGAUGCCAUUUCUUCCGGUCUGAUCGACGGCGUUGUCUGGGCGCUCAGUGCCAGAAGUCGUGGUCGACUUGAUACCAGCAUUCGAGUCCAAUCGCCACAUCUGUCUCAUCUGACCAUUGAUCAACUGUUCAAGAACCAGGAUCAGGCGUGGCACUUUGCUACCUGGGUGCCUCAGCGUUCUAUUCUCGAACAUGAUUCCACAGUCAUUUUCGUCACACACGCUGGGCCUUCAUCUGUCAAUGAAUCCAUCUUCCAUGGUGUCCCUAUGGUCGCAAUGGGCAUAUUUGGUGACCAGAUGGUCACCACACUCAGACUUGAACGAUCUGGCGUUGCAGUUCGUCUGGACAAAGAAACUUUUGAUGCAGCUUCCUUGACAGUAGCCAUCAGAACGAUACUCUUAUUUGACAAAGAGUCGUUCCAGAGAAACGUCAAGCGUAUGCAGAGAAUUGCCAUGGUGGGAUCGCGGAAGAAGCAUUUCGCUGCCAAUCUCAUUGAGGAGCAUCUAUAUGACUGGGACGGUAGAUUUGAGAAUUCACUUCUAGAUCUUAAAGCAUCCGCCAACAGUAAAAACGCCUAUUCGCAAGCUUCAAACCCAAAAGAUGUGUAUCCACGAGGCAAAGAACUGCGUCCUAUGCACCUUCAGACACCUGAUGUGCGAAUGUCUUGGAUCAAGCUCAACAACAUCGACAUCACGCUUUUAUUUUUCAUUCUAUUUGGUCUCAUUUCAUGGAUUACUCGGGCAGUUAUUAAGAUGGUGCGGCAAUGA